AUUAGUAAUGAUGUAUUUUGACAAUGGUAUAAUGUAGCCUAUUAAACAAUAAAGCGCUUGGUUGAAAAUGAUGUCAUGCUGAGAAAAAACAAUAACUUGGCAAGAUAAAUACAUAAAAAUUGCUGUUAAACAUGGCCUCGGGAGAUGACAAGUCUCAACUUCCAAGAGGUUUGAUUGGUCGGACUGGAGCACCUAGUGGAAGGGGAGCCAGGUUACCUUCUAUUCGAGGACCUAGGGAUCUCACACUUGGAGGUGUCCAGAAAAAAGUCUUCACUCCAAACAUUCCAGCCAGAAGAGUGAAACAGGAACCAAGUAAUGACCAGCCAACACCAUCUGCAAGCAAGGAUCAGUCCAAGGGCAAGAAGGGUCUGGCACCCAGCAAGGAUGAUCGUGGGCGGGGCAGAGGCAGGGGACGAGGAAGAAACAUGCCCAGUGUCAUUCAGACCCAUUCAUUGUUUGAACAGGGGCCGUCCGAAAAGAUACCAAAACCUACUGGAGGUUCAGAGUACAGCUAUACAGGAGGUGGAGGAGGGGGAGGGGGAGGAGGAGGAGGGGGCAAGGGUGGUGGUAGCUCUGGGAGCCCACGCAAGUCCUUCAAGAGGGAGCAAACAGACCAAGAGACAAAAGAAGUGCUGGACAGUCUGCUCAGAGAUGAUUUUCUUGCUGGAAAAGGGUUUGAAGAAGAUGACAUUACGUUGAUGCCUGUGAAGCUGCCAAUUGUGAUAAAAAAAGAGCUGAAAGUAAAACAGGAAACUAUAAACAUUAAACAAGAACCAAUGGAUACUGACGGAAAACAUGAGAAACUAGUCAAAAAUGAUACUGCAACAGAAACAAAUGACUUGACAUCGGGAUUGGGAAAUUUGUAUCGCCAAAACUCAACAGAUUCGGUUACAUGUGGAGAACUGUUUACUAAUCCUGUUAAGUCAGAGGAUGGGACACUGCUGUUCAUACAGCUGCCCGACACUCUGCCUGGAAUGCCACUCUCUACGGAGGAGGACUUCAAGAAGAAAAAAGAUAAGGAGAGUGAGAUUUCAGACAAGAUGGACAGCUGCAGCCUGCACAACUUCAGUGAGGGUCUUGUGGGCAAGCUCAUAGUGCGAAAGUCAGGGAGGGUCCAGCUCAGGCUGGGAAACACACUACUCAACGUAACCAUGGGAACACCAUGUGGAUUUUUACAGGACGUAGCCAGUGUGCGAGUAGAUGGUAACCAUGGUGAUAUUUCCUUACUGGGACAUAUUGAUCACAGACUGGUUUGCACUCCUGACUUUGAAUCACUGCUGGAUGCUGCUAUAAGUUAGCAGCUAUUCCUGUGAAUUGUUGGUCAAAUAGUGCUCCUUCACAAGUGAUAUUUACCCGAGAAUGAACAGUUUAGAGGGACAAGCAAACAAUCAGAGGAAAUCUUGUGAGACAUAAAGUAUUUGUGUAAACAUUGAUGCAACCUUUGAAACAAACAGAAUUUUUUUUUCACGCAAAAACAAUCCUUACUAGCAUCAUAACUGUCAACUAUUAACAAUGAAGGUGGCAAAGUUCAUCUUGUGUUGUUUUGAAUGUUGUUAAGUUUCAAAUAAAAAAUGUGUUCUCUA